GCUGCAGGCUUAUAAUGUGUCUAGUGUUUGAAUGAAGAACUUCAAACUACACGCCUCCCAUAAUACAAACACCUUGUCGCAUGCACCAAUUAUAAUGAUGAUGAAGUCAUAUAUUGAUUAUUAACAUAAUCAGUUAAUCGGGAUGUCCCAAUUCAUUAAUUUUUCAUGUCCAUGUAAAUCCAGCAGCAUUUCAAGACUAUCGAGUAGUCAUGAUGAACCAAGUGGAUCAACUUACCUGGGCUUAUCCACCUCCCACUAAUUCUCACCGUGAUUCCGCAUCGCGUCUAUUUUAUCAAGCCGUACUGGUUCUGAAAAGUGUGGGUAAUCUCCCAGUCCAGGCGACAACUCGCUCAAUCGAUGCAGAUCAUCACCGCCAAGUUAUCCAUUACACCUUCUCCAUCAAAUCCUUUACUUUUCCCUACUGUCUCAUCCUCACAACCUUUGUCGUCAUCGCUUGGAUACAAUUCAUCUCAGAAUAUGCAGGCCUGAACCCCUUUAGCUUUACAUUAUUUAUCGAGAAGAAUUAUGGAGUCUCGUUGGCAAAUGUAUCCACUGCUCAUCAGCUUAGUCUUUUGGAUCCUCUGAGUGUUGCACAAACUAUGAUCCACGUCAUAUUCCCUUUGUCAAGCUGCAUCCAGUAUCUAAGCACAAUCUGGACGUCGUUAAAGUUUGCAGAAUAUGCAAAUGGAUGGACGAUAUUUGAAGAGACAUUUCGACGCAUUUUUAAAAUGAAUCCACUCUUAAACGAAGCUGUGUUUCCUGAAACGACCCGUUUCCGACGUUUAUCGUGGAAUUUCACGCUUUGUCUUGUGGUUGUCAUUGGCCUCACCAUUUACCCAAUGACACUAACACAAGAACGGCUUUCCGGCAAUGCAAUGUCUAUGAAGUGGCCUGUUACUUUUGUUGGUUUUCUAACCUUUUUCAUCACCCUGCUUUUAGAUUUUAGGUGCAAUCUGAUGCUUUACAUUAACCAAGAAGCAUUUUCUCAGAUUGGAACUAAGAUCGCGGCUGAAGUUGAGUGUUCACAGUCUUCUGUAAGCAGAAUCAACUCUACUUUAGUGCAAAAUUGGCAACUUUUGAUUAGCUAUGCAAGAAAGCAGACAGUUUCCGGGGGACAAAUUUUGAGCACAAGUUUGCUCGUGGAACUGAUCAAUUUGUUUGGCACCUGGUGUUCCAUUAUCUACCAGACAAUCUUCUUUGCACAAAGAGAUGGACUCGGAUGGACUUCUUUAGAAGAUCUUGGACUAAAUUACUCGCUUUGUGGAAUCAUGUACUUUCGUUUCGCCAUCAAAAUAUUCUUGUCAGAAAGAAUGACCAUUGCGGAGGCGAAGAUCGCCAAAUCACUCCAGCUCAUAGAAAAUCACAGUGAUCUUGGAACAUCUCUCGAGAUCAACAUCGUGGUUGAUUGGAUUGCUACCCCACCCUCUAAAAUAAACAUUGCCAACCUGUUUGCUCUAAACCGCAGCCUUUUGUUUGGCGUGAUGGGACAAACUGUGACGUAUGUUCUCGUUCUACUCCAAUUUCAAACAAUUCAAGGGACAUGAAACUAAUAUAGAGACUAUGAAAUUGCGCUCAAGAAGAGA